AUGACCCGACACGGGAGAUUAAGUGUAGUUAUACCACCAACUGGGUCGCUUGACGAGCAAAUGGCUCAAUUGCAUGGCAAAUUCGAGAAUCUACAGCAGGCCCUCGACCGGCUCCUCGAACAAGUUGAGAAAAUGAGUCCGCUGGUAUUUGGAAUCACUCAAUUGGCGGCAAGUAAUGCUGCGCUUUUCAUGGCGACGGCAGAUUAUGACUUUAAAAUAAAUUAG